AUGGCAGUUUUGGGUAAUUGCCUAAGGAAUCGAAUCCGUCAAUCUAUAAAAGAUCUUAAUAGUUCUGUUGGACGUUGGUACUCUAGAACAUGCAAUCGUCCUUUUCUGUCGACCAGAAUUUACUUUACAUUUUCCUUACUUGGUGCAACUGCAGUCAAACAACGACAUCCUAAAGCUAAAUUAGGACGCAGUAAAAAUGAUGAAUCUGAUAGCAAUGAUGAUAAAGAGAUACCGUUUGACUGGAAUGAAUUUUUUAAGCUGCUCAAGCCGGAUAUAUGGUUGUUAAUUUUAGCUGUUGCAAGCGCUCUAGUUGCUGCCUUUGUCAACAUCAAGAUUCCAAUUAUGAUUGGAGACUUUGUAAAUGCUAUGGCUCAAAUGGUUUCUACUGACCAACAAGAUAGCCUUCGUCAAAGUUUUCAGGAUUUAUUUAAGCCAGCAACUCAGCUGGUUCUUUACUAUGGAGGCCAGGCAGCGCUGACAUGUACAUAUAUUACAUUGUUAUCAACUAUCGGUGAAAAUAUAGCUGCAAGAAUGAGAAAGAAACUCUUUGCCUCAUUAAUGAAACAAGAUGUCGCCUUCUUUGAUAAAUAUAAGACUGGAGAAAUUAUUAGCAGACUAACUGCAGAUAUACAGGAUUUUAAAAGUGCAAUGAAGCAGUGCAUUUCUCAAGGUGUCCGUAGUAUCACACAGACCGUUGGAUGUAUUGUAUCUCUGUAUCUAAUUUCUCCCAAGCUGACAACACUAUUGGUCGUAGCGUUACCAUCACUGAUUGCCAUCGGCAGCUUUAUUGGGUCUCUACUUAGAAAAAUGUCCAGAAAAGUUCAGGAAAAAAUUGCAAGCGCGACAGCAAUUGCUGAUGAAGCAGUCGGCAACUUGAGAACAGUGCGUGCAUUUGCUAUGGAAGAAAAAGAAAAAGAAUUAUACAAUAUCCAUAUUAACGAAGCUUGCAAUUUGAGCAAAACACUUGGUUUUGGUAUUGGACUAUUUCAGGGUUUAGCAAAUUUAGCAAUAAAUGGUGUAGUUCUAUCUGUUUUAUACUAUGGUGGAUACUUAAUGUCGAUUAAAGAUUUAACACCGGGACAAUUAAUGUCAUUUUUAGUCGCUUCUCAAACUAUGCAACGAUCUCUGGCAAUGGUAUCGAUACUCUUCGGGCAAGUAAUGAAAGGGUUAACUGCUGGAGCUCGCACUUUUGAGUACAUGCAAUUGCAGCCCCACAUUGCUAUUGAUGAAGGUUGCAUAAUUGCAAACGAUAAGUUGUCUGGUGAAGUAGAAAUUGAUAAUAUUACCUUUGUUUAUCCGACAAGAAAAGAACAGGCGGUUUUUAGAGAUUUUAACUUAAAAAUUCCGGCUGGUAAGAUCAUCGCUCUAUGUGGUCCAUCCGGAUCUGGAAAAUCGACUAUCGCAGCAUUAAUAGAAAGAUUUUAUGACGUACAAAGUGGCAGUAUUAAGCUGGAUGGUAUUGAUAUAAAAAAAAUCAAUCCAUCUUGGUUGCGAGGUUCAGUAAUUGGCUAUAUACAUCAGGAACCUGUACUCUUUGCUACUUCCGUUAUCGAAAAUAUUCGGUAUGGUCGACCCGAUGCAACGGAUGAAGAGGUAGUUCAUAAUGCGGCUCGCAUGGCUAACGCUGAGGAAUUUAUUCUGAACUUUCCAAAGGGUUAUGAGACCAUGCUCGGGGAACGGGGAGUCACAGUUUCGGGUGGACAACGACAGAGAAUCGCUAUUGCUCGUGCUUUACUAAAAGAUCCCAAAAUUUUAAUUUUAGAUGAAGCUACCAGUGCAUUAGAUUCGGAAUCUGAAAAAGCCGUGCAAGGGGCUCUUGACCGAUUGAUGAAAGGUAAUCGAACGGUUAUAGUUAUUGCGCAUAGAUUGAGUACUAUAAGAAAUGCAGAUGUCAUUGCCGUAAUCAUGAAUGGCAUCAUUUAUGAGAUCGGCAAUCAUGCAGAACUGAUGAAAAAGAAAGGGAAAUACGCCGAUAUGGUGCGACUACAAAAUUUGCAACAGUCAUAA